UCGAGGGUCGAGGCGGCUGCAGUCAGGUCUUCAUCACUCAUCUUCCCUUAGCGCGAGACGAGACGACUGUUCCUUCAGACAUGUCUGACUACUCCAGCGUGGCUCCGCCGUCUUCAAACUCCGGUGGAGGGGUGAACGAUGCUUUUAAAGACGCUCUUCAGAGGGCCAGACAAAUUGCAGCAAAAAUAGGAGGUGAUGGCGUUGCUCCUCCAUCUGCCAGUGAUUUUGGAUAUGGAGGACAAAAGAGGCCCCUUGAAGAUGCAGAUCAACCAGAAACAAAGAAAGUUCCACCAAGUGAUCAAGACAGUCCUACACAUCAGGGAUGGCAUGAGGCUUUUUCUGCUGUAAUGGGAGGAAUGGGUGGCCCACCAAGGACUAUAUCAGAGGAUUUCAAGGUACCAGAUGGCAUGGUUGGCUUCAUUAUUGGUAGGGGAGGAGAACAGAUAUCAAAAAUGCAGCAGGAGUCCGGGUGUAAAAUACAGAUUGCUCCAGACAGUGGAGGUAUGCCAGAUAGGUCAGUGACAUUAACAGGCUCACCUGAUUCCAUCCAAGCUGCAAAGAGGUUACUGACAGAAAUUGUAGAAAAAGGCAGACCCUCCCCAGCUUUCCACCACAAUGAUGGUCCAGGGAUGUCAGUUCAGGAGAUCAUGGUCCCUGCAACCAAAGCAGGCCUGGUCAUCGGAAAGGGAGGAGAAACAAUCAAACAGUUACAGGAACGUGCUGGAGUCAAAAUGGUCAUGAUUCAAGAUGGGCCACAAAACACAGGUGCCGAUAAACCACUCAGGAUCUCUGGGGAUCCUUUUAAAGUUCAGCAAGCCAAAGACAUGGUGAUGGAUCUGAUCAGGGAUCAGGGUUUCCGGGAACAAAGAGGAGAGUAUGGUUCAAGAGUAGGUGGAGACAGUCUGGAUGUCCCUGUGCCAAGGUUUGCAGUGGGAAUUGUGAUUGGUAGGAGUGGUGAAAUGAUCAAGAAGAUUCAGAAUGACACCGGUGUAAGGAUUCAGUUCAAACCAGAUGAUGGCACCACACCAGAGAGGAUCGCUCAGAUCUUGGGGCCACCAGACAGGGCACAGCACGCAGCAGAUAUCAUAACUGACUUGCUAAGGAGUGUGCAGACUGGAGGGCCUCCAGGACAAGGAGGCAGAGGGAGGGGCCGUGGACAGGGAAAUUGGAACAUGGGCCCCCCUGGAGGCCUGCAGGAAUUUAAUUUCACAGUCCCUACCAUGAAGACAGGCCUCAUAAUCGGCAAAGGGGGUGAAACCAUUAAGAGUAUUAGCCAACAGUCAGGAGCCAGAAUAGAGCUGCAGAGAAACCCUCCACCUAAUUCUGACCCAAAUUUAAAGCUGUUCACAGUACGUGGAUCACCCCAACAGAUUGACUACGCCAGGCAGCUGGUUGAGGAGAAGAUUGGAGGUCCAGUAAGCCCUAUGGGUGGCCCUCAUGGUCCUCCUGGGCCCCAUGGAGGUCCUUCACAUGUCCCACCUGGUCCACCAGGAGCUCCUGCCCCCAUGGGCCCAUUUAAUCCUGGACCAUACGGCCAAGGCCCUCCUGGACCACAUGGUCCUCAAGCACCAUACCAGCCUCAAGGCUGGGGCAAUGGAUACCCGAACUGGCAGCAAGGACAGCCAGAUCCCAAUAAAGCAGCGGCUGAUGCUAAUGCUGCUGCAUGGGCAGCCUAUUAUUCACAGUACCAGCAGCAGCCCCAAGCCCCCAUGACACCCACGACAGCUGCCCCAGGCUCAAACCAAACAAACGGACAAGGUGACCAGCAAGCUCCAGGUCAAAGUGGACAGGCAGAUUACACCAAGGCCUGGGAGGAAUAUUACAAGAAAUUGGGUCAAGGACAGCCUCAACAGGACUACACCAAGGCAUGGGAAGAGUACUAUAAGAAACAAGGGCAAGCUGCUCCUCAGGCGGCUGCAGCGGCGGCGACUCAGCCUGGUGGUCAGCCAGAUUACAGUGCAGCGUGGGCGGAGUACUACCGCCAGCAGGCAGCGUACUAUGGUCAGGGCGCUCCUCAGUCGAUGGGCGCUGCACCCCAGACUCAGCAGGUACACUCCAAAUAAAACUUACCCAUCUCUCUUUCCUUUUGUUCCUUUUGGAUGCCAUUUUUGUUUGUGCAUGUGUACCCAACACCCACCCAACAUUUUUUUUUUCCUAACAUCUUUCUUCCACAGGUUUAUCAGGUUUCCAGAUGAGUCUUCAAAACAACACUUAACCAAAUUCUUUUCUCCUCCAGCAGGCUGCUUUUAGUCUAUCUUUUUAUUUUGGGAGGGUGAUGCAUAUAUGUUUCUGCUCUUAACAUGUUGUGUAUUUCUUAUGUAUUUCUUCUGCACAGGGCCAGUAAUGUGAAGUGGACAUAAAGUAAAUGCUACAUUGUCAGAAAAAACCUUUGUUAAAUGUUUGGAUGCAGACGCCAUGAUGAAGAUCUUAAUUUCAUUGGUUUGAGUGUUUAGAUCGCAGACUGGCUCAAAUAUAUAUAUAUAUUUUUUCCUUUUUGUUUUGGCAUUCUUGUAAAUGAACGGUUUGUUUUUAGUCGGGUAAUAUUGGUCAUUCCAACUCCUGUAUAUCAUUGUAGUUUGAGACUAUAGUUUAGUCAUUUCCAUGUAAAUCAUCUCAGUUUUAAUAUGAUAUGCCUGUUAUGUUUUGCAAUAAAACAAAAUGAAACCUCCUGUGUUGGUAAGUGGGGUGCAAAGGUGGGGUACAUUUUUGUCAAUUUUAUUUCCAGUUUUGGGACAGGGUUGGGGGUGUGAUGCCUGAAUACAUGCAUUUCUCUCUUUGUCCAAAUUUACAGAAUUUGAAAUUUUGCUCUCCUGUUUUUAUUUUAUUAUUAUUUUUGGUCACUUUUCAACUGUAUUCUACCCCUGAUUUUUUUAUUUUGAUUCCUGGUCUAUUUUAAAGUAACAAGAUCAUUGGUCAUUUGAUAUUGCUUGCUUGAUGAAUGGAUAGUUCUGUUUUUAUAUUGCAUUUUUACCGGUCAUUUCUGUGGAUGUAGGAAUAGACAGGUUAUCUAAGGCAAGGUGGCUUGGUGUUGGCAAGGUAUGUGAACCAUGCAAUAACUCUUCAGUGCUGUAGUGUUGCUUAUUGUUCUGUAUUUCAUCUGGUUUGUUGAGGUAGUGUGCACUGUUAAUGAGAGACAUUUCCUCCCUCACAGGCAAGUUUAGGAAGGCGGUAAGCAAGUAUGCGUCUUUUAAACAAACUGUUCCUUGAUAAUGUGACUGCGAACAUGUUGCAAUUAUUCCAGUUUUUGUUCUCAAAGUUUGCUGCUUUUUUCCAGGGCAGGUCAAGUUUUCUGGUCAACAGUUAUGCCUUGCAAAAUUACAUGUCCCUCUCCCAUAUUUUAAAUGUCUAAAAUCCAUCAAUUGUGUAUAUAUUUUAUAAUUAUUGCUGACAUUUCUAAAACAUUUUGAUACAAUUAAAAAGCUCAAAUGCGAAAGUGGACUUUUUUUUUUUUUUUUUUUUUUGUCUGCCCAUUGUCUGUUAGCAUUCCUCCAGUAUAGGCCUGUAGGUUUAUGGAGACUUCCACACCACUGAAAUGAGCUCUCCACUGUAAGUACAAAAUGUACAUGACUUUAUGGCCCAGUUUCUGUAUUGCAGUCAAUGCAUUGUCUUUGACGUACAUGAAAUGCAAUGAGUUGAAUUAUUUAAAUGUUGACCCUUUUUUUGGGUAAGUAUAUCAGGGCUGUAAAUUUCAUUUUGACAUGCAUUCAAUAUAAUGAUGUCUUUCUUGAGCCUGUGAUGAACCCUUUUUUCCACAUUGGACUGUUAUUUUUGCCAUAACAGCUGUGUGUGAUAUUUGCCGAUCUAGAUCUCGCCAUGUUGUCACUGUUUUAGUCAUUUAGAAAUUGUCUCAGACUUUUUCUUAAAAAACUGUGAACUAUACCACUGUGUGUUAGUCAGGGCAAUGCAAUGCUGUCUGUAGUGAAAGAAACGUUCAUCUAGAAAUGCGACUCAACAUUGAUUAGACAUUGUUCUUAUACCACGCCUUGUGAUUUGCCAAGUAUUUGUUUUUACUGCAUUGCUCUUAAAAAUGACCCUCAGCAAAUGGCCUCAUUCAAAUGUUAUAGUAUUAUUGUCCUUUUGCUGAUUUAUAAAUCUGUGCCUGACUCAGUUUUUCAAGGCUGACAAGUUCAUGCAAGUGAUUUGAUUUGACUGUUCAAUAGUGGUACUAAGAGCAGUGCAAUGUCUAAUUUUGCAGUGUCAUCCCUGACCUUGCAUCUUAGGUUCUGCAGCAGUGACACAGGUAAGAGUAUCCAAAAAUGGCAGCAAUUUGAACCUGUGGCCCAGUAUUAUAAUGCAUUUACCCUUGAAAAGCAGCAAAUGUUGACCUUAGUUACAAUAAAGGAUCAUCUCUUGUACUAAAUAGAUGGCAUAGCUUUGAAGGUCUGUGGAAUUAUGUUUUUGUCCAAAUGAAUUGCAUGGCAUUCCUGUAGCUCAUAAAAUGUGAUUUUCCUGUCAACAAAAUACAGUUUAGCAUCUUUAAGUAGGAUUGUUAUACUGUCUUUUAUAUAUACAUGCACAAUGUGAUUGCUCAUUCUUAAAACAUUCAUGUUAGCUGUUGGUGUGGUCCUAUUCCAUAUGAAUUGUUUCAUCUGCCUUAACACUGUAUCACACUGCAUGCAGAUGCAAAAUAAUUCAGUUAGCCCUAUGAAUGAAACACUUCAUUGAUAACACUGAUGUAUACUGUAUGUAUGCUCAUGUUUCAUUGGUCUUGCAAGCUUUAUUGAUGCCCCUUUGUAGUGCUAAUGUUUGUCCCACAUUGCUGACUUCAUUCUUACUCACAGUGUUGAAGAUGCUGCAGGCGUAGUUCGUAGAAUCAGGUCCUGAGCUAGUUUGUCCGUAAGGAGGAUUCCUUUGAGUCUGUCCCUUUGCUGAACGUAGACUGUUCGAGGGCUCCAAUUAUAAGGUAAAAAUAUAUCAUGAGGAAUCUGUCAUUGCAAAGUCAAUGUUUCUCUUAGCUUAGAGCGAUGUUUGUCGAUGCUGUUCUGAUGACCGUGUUUCGAUAUAGAAAUGUAGCCAUGUUUCUGUAUUAUUGGCCUGACUGAUUGCUCUCUGAAAUGUUCUUUUGAGUACAUGCUUUGCCUUUAAAGUGUAGGGACUUAAUGUGCAUCAAUGCUAUCCAGGUGUACCAUGACCAGGAACAUUUUUUUUCUUUUCUUUUUGUCUUUUUUUUAGUAGACAUUUGCCUGACUGAUUUUUGUUUGGCAUGUAAACUGGAGAGUUUCUUUAAACAUAGUAUUUGUCCAUUGCUGCAUAUCUCUCUGUAUGCAUGCAAGAUCUACUUUCCUUUUGAGCAAAUUGUUCACAACAGAAUUCGUGGGGGUCUAAAAACGAAGAGAAAAUCGGAGGCUAUCUGAGAAAUUUGCAGCAUGCCUUUUGAGGUAAAAUAUAAAACGCAAUUAUGAACUGUUAAAACUUGUUGAAUGUACCUUUUGCUUUGUUUCUGGGAAUUGUUGGUCUGAAUUGUUUAAGAUUGCUACCAUUGUCAUCAAUAAAGUUGU